GCGACCAGUAGUUUCUUCUCUUUCUUCUUCCUCCCCCACCGCGGCCUCCUCCUCCCGCCGCCGGCGCCGUCUCGCCGCCACCUCCUCCGCCUCCUUGCUCCCCCACCAACCUAACUUUCAGUCUCCGCCCACCAUUCCGCGGCGUGGGCGUGAGAGCCAGGAGCGAUAUGCAUCCUGAGAAGAGAUCGAGCCAUCUCUCAUUGGGUUUCUCUUCACUUCUUCCGAUGAAUCGACAGGUGCUCGUUUCCUGUUACUCUUUCACUAGAUUAUUCCGUGCCUGUACGAGAUCUCGCGCGAUUAGAAUUUGUUUACUUUGUGAUGCCCUCGGUUGCAGCUUCGGCGAACAACAGCUAACAGUUCAGUUACUGUUACUUAGCUCAGUUAGUUUAUCUACUAUAGAUUGGAGUUACUGGUUUUACUUGGUAUCCAUGUACAGGUGCUCAUUCUGAAUCUAUAAAUUCAUCUCCAGCGGGUAGAGUUUUUAACCUCGGUCACAGGUAAAACGAGCACCAGCCAUGGUCCUAUGGAUUCAGUCACUGUCACUUAGCUCGACUCGGGACCAGGCGCGGACUGAAGAUCAUUGCUAGCAGGAUGUCACAGUUGAUGAGCAGGAUGGCAUUCAACAACUGGUUGCGUGGGACUGGAGUAAUUAAGUUUGGCAUGAAAUUCCUGUCACGUCAGUAAUCCUUUUCUCCAUGAAGCAUAAAGCUUUAUUUAGCCAGAUGAUGCAGUGCGGUUUAUUCUGAGAACAAAUGAGCCGGCUGUCAAAGACUUUCAAUGACCCAUUUGAUGGUCUAGAGUAACCCGCACAAGAAGGCAGCAUUGACUGACUUGCGAGGUCGCUGUGAGGCAGCACAACCACAAAAAGGUAGCAGUGCAUUAUAAUGUGGCCAAAUCAACCACAUCAACGUCCUCUCAAGUCUCAAAAUCAGUUGCUACUUUUCUUUUUCUCCCCUCAUGCAUGUCUUCUUACUUGGGCUAGAAUUAUCUGCACCAAAAGCCAAAAGGUAUUGACUGACUUACAAGAUCAGCUGCAGCAUAGCCACAAGAAAAGUAGCUGCGUAAUUUAAUGUGGCCAUUGCGAUCUCACUUUCACAUCGCAUCAAACUCACCACAGCCACAGCCACAGCCACAUCCACAGGAAUCAAAGUGCAACUAUGCAACCAUUAGUAUGCAGAAUCAAAGCUGGCAUGACUUGAUAAGAAAUUCCCUGAGACAUACGCUGUAUACACUAUAAAAAUGCCCAUAUAUUCUCCCCCUAAUAGAAUCCCCACACCUGCAAAGUUGCAGUGCUGCCUGACCUGAAUUUCUUGAGCGAAGUUGGGAGCUGUGCCUGUAGAUCAUGGACAUCUUGCCGGUGAUCUAUGCACUACUCCAUUUGUUGGUACUCCAGUUAUUAGGAAAGCUAACUGCGCUAGCAUCUGGAGUUGUAACAAGCCACAACUCCGAAGGGAACUGGGCGCCUCCAUCACUUGCUAUGCUCGAUGGUUGCCCGAAGAGCUGUGGCAUUCUGAGCUUCGACUACCCCUUCGGCAUCGGAUCCAGGUGCUCCCGUGGGCCUGACUUCUACCUCACUUGCAACGACACUGCUCAGCCCCCCAAACUCUUCUUGCACGAUGGCAUCCUCGAGGUGAUCGAGGACAUCGUAGUUGGUACAGAUGGUAUUUCCACGUACAACCCUGGAAGAUUUAUCUACACGAUGUUUCAAUGUACCAUCCCCAUGAAAUCAGGUGUCCGUGUGUACAACUUGACAUUGAAACCGCCUGGGAAGUCCUUCAGCUUUUUGCACACCUUGCUAAACAUCACCGGUUGUGAUCUGGAUGUGUACUGGGUCAAGGGAAAUGCUAGCACAACCAUGCGCGUCUGCCGGACUACAUGCCCAGACCAUGGGAUCACAGAGACAGGGGCUAGGGAGACCUGUAACGGCAUCGGAUGUUGUCGCUUUGUUAUGGACAGCAUUGUCGACACUGUUGAGCUCAAAUUUGUCCAUGACCAAAACAGAAGUAACGGCCGAGCACACUCUAACGGGACCUCUCUACUGUGGGAUAGAAUCAGCAUAACUAGUUAUGGGAGUGAUAUGGUAUGGAAUAUAGUGGAUCAGCCCAACUGUCUUAGCACCAUGCACAACAGGACGGCCUAUGCCUGUAUCAGCAAGCAUUCAGAGUGCUUCGAUGUAGGUGUCGCAUCAAGCAAUGGCUACAACUGCAAUUGUAACCAAGGUUAUACAGGCAACCCCUUCAUUCAGGAUGGCUGCUCUAGUGACAAAGGGUAUAAUCCAGUUCAGAGCAAAGCUCGAUGUACUCGUUGGUGCGGUAACAUUAGUAUGCAAUUCCCAUUUGGAUUUGAAGAGGGUUGUUUUGCAAGGGACCAGUUUCGCCUCAACUGCACAAAUGUGACGUCAUCAACUGUUUUCUGGUGGGGGCGUCAGGUAAUUGACAUAAAUGUUGAUGCAGGGACCAUAAAUUUCACCGAACCGGAAUCAGUAGAGAUGUUUCUAGAGAACAGUCUUUUUGUUAGAUCUGGGUCAUCUCUGCAAUGGGUUGCUGCUAACUUAAGUUGCAUAGAAGCCCAACAAAAUAGGUCUGGAUAUGCUUGUGUGAGUACCAACAGCAAGUGUAUGGAAGUAAACGCUGGAGAAGCAUACAUGGGUUACCACUGCAAAUGCUCAGAUGGCUUCCAAGGAAAUCCAUACGUUCAAAGUGGUUGUCGAGAUAUUAAUGAAUGCCUUCAACCAAACAGUUGUAAAGAGAUCUGCCAUAACACAGAAGGAAGCUUCAAUUGUACUGAAUGUCCUUACAAGACACAGUAUGAUCCAUUUAAAAUGCAGUGUACUAGGACAAAAGAGCGGACUCUGCUCUUAGGUAUAAUUAUUGGGCUAUCCUGCGGUUUUGCUAUUCUACUUCCAAGCUUCAGUUCAGUACUUCUCAUUCGUAGAUGGAAAAGAAAUGUUCAACAGCAACUGCGGAAGAACUAUUUCCAGAAGAACCAAGGUCUUCUCCUAGAAACAUUGAUAUCAUCUGAUGAAACUGCAACUGAGAAUACUAAGAUUUUCUCGCUAGAAGAGCUAGAGAAGGCAACAAAUAGUUUUGAUCCUACACUUAUCAUCGGACGUGGGGGCCAUGGCAUGGUUUACAAAGGCAUAUUGUCUGAUCAGCGCGUCGUUGCAGUAAAAAAGUCUAAGGUCAUUGAGCAGUCCGAGAUCAGUCAAUUCAUCAAUGAGGUCGCAGUGCUCACUCAGAUAAACCACAGAAAUAUUGUGAAGCUAUUUGGAUGUUGUCUCGAAACAGAGGUUCCGCUGCUGGUGUAUGAUUAUGUAUCCAGUGGCUCACUGUCUGAAGUUCUUCAUGCAGAUGCAAGUGAUGGUUUUUCUUUAUCUUGGGGUGAUUAUUUAAGGAUUGCCCUCGAAACAGCAGGAGCUCUAUCUUAUCUCCACUCUUCAGCUUCCAUAUCAAUCUUCCAUCGUGAUGUGAAGUCCUCAAAUAUACUCUUGGAUGUGAACUACACAGCUAAAGUUUCAGAUUUUGGUGCGUCCAGAUUGGUUCCUAUCGAUCAAACACACAUUGUUACAAAUGUGCAGGGUACAUUUGGGUACUUAGAUCCAGUGUAUUUCCAUACUAGGCAGCUGAACGGGAAGAGCGACGUGUACAGUUUUGGUGUGGUACUGGUGGAGUUGCUUCUCAGAAUGAAACCUGUUUUCACAAGUGAAUCAGGCACGAUCAAGAGCUUGUCGAACUAUUUUCUCCAGGAGUUCAAUGAAGGAAGAAUCACAGGUAUUGUUAAUUCCCAGGUCCUCGAAGAAGCAACCGAAGAAGAAAUCAACACUGUCGCCUCUUUGGCAGAGCGGUGCUUGAGGCUACACGGCGAAGAAAGACCAACCAUGAAACAGGUGGAGACGGAACUGCAGACUCUCCAGACGGAACGGGUAAAGUCAUCUCAGGCAGAUCCAAGGAAUGAAGAACCGAUGCCACCAAGGCCGUUAACUCGAAGGACUAUAUCUACUCGGCAAUCGUCUGUACUGUCAGGAGAAAGCCAACGACGAUAUAGCUUGGAGGCAGAGUUCAUGUCAUCUGCUAGCAUACCACGCUAGAUGAAAUUGUGUAGUUCAUAAUAAUGGAUAAUUUCUUUCCCUGUUUUGUGAAGUGUUGCUAGGACCAGUAUUACAGGCUAGUUAGAUUGGUGUUGUAAUACUAAGUCAAUUUAUGUCCAGAUGAUUUCAGGCAUCAUGAUUGUAUCAGUUUCUCGGUUGGAAUUUUGUUUGCUUAUAUAGGUAGACUGGUUUUUAUUACCUUGA